AUGGAAUCGCUGACCCACUGACCAAACUCCCGUCACCAUCUUCCGCAGGCACUGAAACGCCCGUGAGAGAGCGGAAGCGGGAGGGGGGCGGGGUCAUGGAACUCACGCGCCGCACGAGGCUCUGCGAGGGAGGCCACACCGGCGUCUCUGAUCUGGUGUCUCUUGACGUGGACCAGGAGCGCUUCUUCUUCUAGGAGGUAACCUGGAUGCUGGAUGCUCGCCGCGCUCCUCUUCCCGCGCCACUGCACCAGUGAGGAUUAUUAAAGCCUCGUACUCAAGCCUUCCAAGAAAGUGGAGUCAGCAGAACCGCGUGUGUCAUGCGUGACACACACACCCACUGAUACAAACACCCACAUUCAUCACGUUUGCAGCUUUCAGCACAAGGCAGCACCCCCUCUCGCCGCUAGGGGGAGCCACCUGGCCAGGAAUGUACCACCUCGGUGCCUCUCAUCGACAGUCCCUGAAGCUGCACCGGACUCGGUGAGGGACUGGCAACAAACGAGGGGAAUCGAACAAACGACUCCAUGAUAUAUGAGACGUCGAGUCUGCUGUCUCCUGUCAGUCACCGCUUGGAGUCCGAAACUUGUGGAGAAUGUUGAAAGCGACACACAGCUGCAGGCGGGGGAAAAGAUUGAUUCCGGAAACUUGCCGCAAAACCGAUGCGGUGUUGUUACCUCAGUGGAGCUGAGAAGAAGAGGAGGAGGCGAGAGGAAAAGCAAACAGCUUCAUCGGAACUACCCAAGGCUCCUCGGACACUUUCCGUACAAAGUCAUUCAUCCAUACACUUGCCUCGUCGGAGUCGGAGCCGGAGUCGAAACGUGAACUGGAUGUUUCCACUCAAGAGGACUUUGUUGUUCUCCGACUAAACGAGCGAGGCCUCCAUCCUUACUCAUCCUUCUCCCACAUCCUGAGAGCCUACAAGAGGAUACGCGGGGAUUUUCAUUGGUGACGGUGGGGCCCCGCCGGUGAUUCAUCGCCAUGGCUACCAACAGGGAGCAGCAGGUGGGUCACAUGACCCCCUUCCCACCUGCUGUCUACCCCUUCGCCUUCAACUCCAUCAGAAGCCACUCCCCCUUUGACCUCCUGGCCAACAGCAGCCUUUUUGGGAGAUUCGGUGCUGACCUGCCCAAAGAGAUGGCUGCGCUCUCGGUGGAGACCCAGAGCACCAGCUCAGAAGAAAUGGUGCCCAGUUCUCCAUCUCCACCUCCCCCACCUCGGGUCUACAAGCCCUGCUUUGUGUGCCAGGACAAGUCCUCAGGGUAUCACUAUGGGGUCAGUUCCUGCGAGGGCUGCAAGGGCUUCUUCCGUCGCAGCAUCCAGAAGAACAUGGUGUACACCUGCCACCGGGACAAGAACUGUCAAAUUAACAAGGUCACUCGCAACCGCUGCCAGUACUGCAGGCUGCAGAAAUGCUUUGAGGUCGGAAUGUCCAAGGAAGCGGUACGCAACGACCGAAACAAAAAGAAGAAGGACGUAAAAGAGGAGGUGCUUCUACCAGAGAGCUACGAGCUAAGUGGAGAACUGGAGGAACUGGUCAAUAAAGUCAGCAAAGCCCACCAAGAGACGUUCCCUUCACUUUGCCAACUGGGAAAAUACACCACCAACUCCAGCUCGGACCACCGUGUCCAACUCGAUCUGGGCUUAUGGGACAAAUUCAGCGAGCUCUCUACCAAAUGCAUCAUCAAGAUCGUGGAAUUUGCCAAGCGUCUGCCGGGUUUCACCACCCUCACCAUCGCUGACCAGAUCACACUUCUUAAGUCAGCCUGCCUGGACAUUCUGAUGCUGAGGAUCUGCACACGCUAUACUCCAGAACAGGACACCAUGACCUUCUCAGAUGGCUUAACUCUGAACCGGACUCAGAUGCACAACGCCGGUUUUGGACCCCUAACAGACCUGGUGUUUGCUUUUGCCGGCCAGCUUUUACCCCUGGAGAUGGAUGACACCGAAACCGGUCUCCUCAGCGCCAUCUGCCUCAUCUGUGGAGAUCGCAUGGAUCUAGAAGAACCCCAGAAAGUGGAUAAGCUGCAGGAGCCUCUGCUGGAGGCGUUAAAGAUUUACGCCCGUCGUCGUCGCCCCAACAAGCCCCACAUGUUCCCCCGCAUGCUCAUGAAGAUCACGGACCUUCGGGGUAUCAGCACCAAAGGUGCAGAGAGAGCCAUCACUCUGAAGAUGGAAAUCCCAGGCCCGAUGCCGCCCCUAAUCCGGGAGAUGCUGGAGAACCCGGAAGCAUUCGAAGACCAAACCGAGCGCAGCGACAGCCCGCCGCCGCUUCCCCCUCAGCAGCCGCCCCCCGCCGCCGCCCCCGCGCUCGUGCUGAAGCAAGAAGCCGAAGACGAGGACGACAGCUGGGUCACGGAAAACGGCAGCGAGCCGUCGCCCGAGGAGGAGGAAGAAGACGACGACGACGACGACGCGGGCGAUGACGAGCGAGACCGGGGCUCGGACAGUGACGGCGAGCCGUGGGGGGUUCUGGAUGCCAUUGACAGUGCCAGGAAAGGCCUUGUCGGGAGGGCUCAGUGAGCGGCCCGGUUCAUACACAUGCACUGAUUGACGACACACACCUGUACAGUACAUCACCUCACUCUAUCUCCCGCCUCAAUAAAAAGCUGGCCUUCUCACCCCACCCGCACCCCCCCUGACCCAUCUUCAUCUCGGCAGCGGAGCCAUUAAAUACAGCCCGCAUGCUCUAUGACAAGCGAACUCCACAUAAAUAAAACUAAGGAGAAACGACAAUAAAAUAAAAAAACACACAAACUCCCGAGCGAGGCCGCAAAGGGGGGGGCGUUAACGUCACAACAGGAAGUCGCCCUCUCACGUCUUUUUGUCUUCACUGUUGUUUUUCUUAACUGGACAGGACAAAACAGAAGCAUCACGUGUGAGUAGUCGGGUUCUGAUGAAUCGCAAAAAAAAAAAAAAAAGCACAUUUCUUGAAUGCAAAACACGAGAUGAAAACCAAAUCACAUUAUGUUAAUCUUUAUUUUUGUGCUUAUUGCUGUUUUUUUUUUUCUUUCUCAAUUCAUAUGUAUAUGUGUAUGUGUGUAUAUAUUAUAAACACACACACAUAUAUAUAUUAUAUCAUUAUAGUUAUGUCUCUUAUAUGUGAUUCCUUGUUUAUUUUGAAGAGCUUUCCCGAGAGGAUAUUCAGAGGGAAAGCAAAAGCAAACUAGGUCUUCCGUUUGGUUUUGUUUUUUUUAAAGGGUGGGGGGGUACACUCAUCGUGGACGUCAGUGAUAAUCAAACCUUGAGGACUGUUGUCAUGUUGCAGUGAAUAAUCACGCCUCUCUUAUCAGGGAAUUGGCAGCAUCGUUCUCUUUGAAUUUCAACCUUGUGCCAAAGUUAGGAAAAGUUCGACUACUGGCAGGUACUCCAGCCAUUAUCCAUAAAUACACACAAAAAACACACACACACUUCCGUCAGCUGUAGCAGAUUUACACUUGAUCAUACAUGUAGCACUUUUAUACAAGGAAAACAUUGGCAUGUUCAAUACCCGGCAAUACAAUCAAGCUUGUAGGUUCUCAGAUGAUGUCAACACCGCACACACAAAUCUGCAGCAAUCCCAAGUAUGCAAGUGGAAAAGCAGGAAAAUUCUUACGGAAGAUAUUUUGGAGUCAGACUCAGGGCUUUUUUCGGUGAGGACCAAACACUAGCUGCUCGCAGGCAUGCUAGAAAAACAGGCAAUAUUUAUGUGUGUAUUCUUCUUGAGCCCUGUUUUAAUUAGCUCAAGCCCUCGCUAGCGUGUACAUAGAAGGCGACGUGGAAAUGGGAGCGAGCGAUGCCCGGCGUGGAUGCCCGGCGUGACUUUAUCCCAGAUUGGGAUUGCACGGCAGCGUCAUGCUAUCAGGCUGGCAUCCGUGCUGCAUUCUCGGCCUAAGAAGCCAUGGUUAUAGCCUCGUUUCUUCUCCUGUAUAUCCUCACCUCUCUUAAAUGUGUUAUGUAUCAUUUCGAUAUUUCUAUGUCGCCAAAAUGUCUCAUUUGGCGACCGGCGGUGUGGGGGGGGGGGUAUACAGAAUUUUUCUUUUUUUCUUCUCUUUCAAGCAAUAUGGAUAUUCUGUAGCGACAAGAGGGCCCAUGACGUUAAUGUGGGCGGGUCUCCUCAUUUUCAUGUGGGUGAAUGUGUAUGUGUGUGUGUGUGUGUGUGUGUGCACGGUUUACUAUUAUUCAUACAUCGGACACAUUUUAAGUGAAGUUUUAGUCGGUGAAUAUGUAUCUUUUAGCUGGAAAAAAAACACAAAGUGCCAAAUGAUUGCAGUCUUCAGAGAUAUUCUAGCUAAAAAAAAAUAAAAAUAAAAAAAAUCACCUUCACUUGUCACGUAAAAUGUGGUCCCGGUGUAUGAAUAAGCCUGGACUGGACUUGUGUGUGUGUGUGUGUGAGUUUUUCAGCCAUAGGAUGAAUGUCGGCUGUUACGGUGCUGUCACACACUAAACUGUCUUUGUGUGAUGACUCUCUCUGCUGGGCUGUUACCAUGUUAAUGUAAUGUAUCUGAUGCAGGCAGAACACGAUGACAUGAUCAUUAUAGUUUUUCAACAUGGCCAAUGUGUUGUUUACCCAUUGUUUAUGUCAACUCUUGUUAUACAAAGAAAAGCCAUAUAAACAGUAAGAGGCACAAUAAACUACUUUUGUGAGAU